UAUGUUUAUAUUAAAGCAUUGUUGCCAGAUUUAUUUUCACUAUGGUUUGUACCAUGGUUGUACUUAAACUAGAUUGUGAAUAAAUAGUGUAGUUGGUAGUCAUGGAAUUAAUAUGGUGGUUGAGAACGCGUGCUAAGUGUGGGUAGUUCGACUGAUAACAGAAAAGUAUAUUUUUCUCAUUUUAAAUAAAUAAAUAAAUUAAUACAAAAAAAAAAUUCUGCAUUAUAUAUAAAUUUUAUGUAAUACACAUUCUGAAAAUAUGGCAGAAUCAGUUGGACCAAUACUUCAUGUAAUUGUCGUUGGAUUUCAUCAUAAAAAAGGAUGUCAAGUAGAGUAUUCAUUUCCUCCUUUGGUGUCUGGAGCUCCGAAUGAAUGUCCAUUAGGUUGGAAAUAUUUACCAACCCUUGCUUUACCAGAUGGAUCUCAUAAUUACGACGAAGAUACAGUUUACUUUCAUUUACCUAGUUUGAAUAAUCCAAAACGUACAAUAUAUGGUAUUUCAUGUUUUAGACAAAUUCCUGUUGAGAAAUUAAAAAAUCGUACAUCCGAUAUAACAAGAGGUACAGUUCAAAAAUCUGUGUGUGUAUUAAGCACUUUACCAUUAUAUGGUCAUAUUCAAGUAAAAAUGGCAUUGAUAACACAUGCAUAUUUUGAAGAAGGUGACUUUAGUAAAGUAUCAUUAUUGGAAGAUACUUAUCAUCACCUUAAUUCUUGUAUGAGUUGUGAGAGUCAAAUACCACCACAAAUCUUUGUUGGAUUAUCUGCAAGAGAUUUUAUAUUACAGUUUCGCCAUAAAGUUCUUUUAUUAUUUAAACUACUUCUACUAGAAAAAAAAAUAGUUUUUUAUCAAUCACCAGUUCAACCAUUAUGCGCUACAAUAUUAACAUUACUCUCAUUGUAUCCUGGCAUGAUAGAACGCGGUUUACAACAAGCUGCAUGUGUCAGACCAUCCAGACCCAUGUCUCCUAUUCCAACAUUUGAUGAAGAAGAAAUAUCAAUAAAUAGCAUUGAUAACAAUCUAUCUUCUACAAAUUGUGUCAAAGAAAGCAUAUCUGAUAGAAUGGCAGUGCAUAUUAACGGUAAUUCAGAUAGGAAUUCAUUAUGCAUAAACGAUAAUAAAGAUAUUGAAACUAUGGAAGGUAAAUGUAUGGAUGAAUUUAAAAAUAUAACAGUACAAAAAAAUAAUAAUGAGAAUGAAAAUUUAAAUAUGAAAGUUAUUGAAGUUGAAUCAACACAAGAAUGUACCAAAUCUUAUGCGGAAGAAAAUAAUUCUAUAUAUUCUUCAAAGCCAAAUGACAAUAUACACAGGGUACAGAGUAUACAUACAAUUACAUUAAGUACAACAGACACUGAUAAUACACUGCCACGUGAUACAAGUAACGAUGCACUUUCGGACGCACGUUUGACAAAUAAUAUUACUCAAAUUGCUCAUAUAAAUCCGGAACUGUGUGGUUUACCCUUACACAUAUUUACAAAGGGUUAUCUGUGUUUGCCAUACCUGUCUUUACCAUAUUUAGAUCUUUUGGCAGAUAUUAAUGUCAGAGGAUAUAUAGUGGGUGCAACAAAUGUUUUAUUUAAACAAAAAAAACAACUUAUUGAUGUAUUAGUAGAGGUUGAAAAUACGAGGAUAGAAACAAGCGAUCCAGAAUUAAGAAGGCAAUUACAUCUUACAACUGAGGAUCUGAGAUUUGCGGAUUACAUAGUCAGACAUGUAGCAGAACCACGCAAAGAUAUAUUUUUGGAUGGUGUAGGAUGGGAAGGUGGAGACGAAUGGAUUAGAACUCAAUUUCGAGUUUACUUAUUGAGCAUGUUGAGAACAUCUAUGCAGCAAGAUACUCGUCAGUCUGAUCAUUACAAUUCUGCAUUUAUAGCUGCUUGGCGCUCGACGAAUAAUUAUAAGAUAUGGAGUAAUUCUAAUAAGCCAGAAAUUAAUAAUAUAGAACCAGGUCAUCCAUUUGCAGGACAAUUAUCAGUGCAAGAUAUGAAAUUACGGUUAUCACAUACAAUGCAAAAUACAGAAAGCGGUAGAAAAUUAAAUCAAGCAAUGGCAUCAACUGGAAGAGCGGUUGCAACAACUGGGAAAGCAGUAGGUGGUGCACUGUCACAAGCUAAAGGAGCUUUCUCUAACUGGUGGAGUACAUUAACGACAGUUCAACCAGUAGAGGAAGGAAAGGCUGCUGUUGAAAACGAAGAAAUUAAUGUAUCUACUAGUAAUACAAAUUUCGGGAUGGUUGCGGAUUAAUACGAAACGAUAUACAAAUUCCAGUUAUUUGUUAAAAUGAUUAUGAAGCUAACAUUUUUUUCGAAACGCACAAGGAAUCAUCUCGAAGUGACUAUUAAAAAUUAAUAGGAAGAGUUUGUAUUUUAUUUAACAGAAGUGAUCCACAUUAGUGGGUGAAAGAUCGCUCUUGAAAUUAUUUAGUCCUUGAGGUUUGGUAGACAUAGAGAAAUAGUGAAAAUAGACAAGUUUGGUAAUAAACUCUGAGAAAAGUCAUUUUUUCUUAAUAAUAUAUAGAAAAUUAUUACAUUUUCAUUAACUUCAUUCGUUAAACACUCAUCCACGGCUGAAAAAGAGUCAAUACGCGUGAAUUAACUUCGAAAAUGUAAAACUCGUACAUGUAAGAAUUUUGUAAUUCACUUCGGGAUGACCUUUUUGCUAGAUGAAAAAGUCUGAGAUCGGAGCCUCCAUAUCUAAUAGACAGGAGUAACAUGAGGAAUCAUCGAGGGUGCCUUAACGGAAUUGUACAGGUUGCAGUUGGCUAGCCGACAAAGUAAGAAUGAGGCGGAUUCGAUUUUUGCUGUCAGGACUCUCAUUUUUUCUCGACUCCUACAAGAGUGAUAGUAUAUCUACUAUCUCUAAAUAAAUAUGGUAGAAUAAAAGUAAUUUAUUCAUACUAUGCAAAUAGCAUGUAUGUAAAACAGAGAAGUUAGCUACUUCUGAGAAAUAGAUCAUGUAAGAAAAAGUAUAAAUCACAAAUCACAUAGUAUAAGUACUUGUAAUAAAAUUUUGAAUAAUAGAAUGUAUCAAUGUGAUAAAUGUGCUGAAGAAAGGUAUAAUGUAUAUUUUUAUGUUAAUAUUUCGUUUUAUUAGCUCAUUAAUUACUUUCUUCUCAUGAUUGUUGUGAUCUUUCUAAUCGAGUAAUAGUGAUCUUAUUAGAUAAAUAUAAAUUAUUUUGCAACAAUAUUUAUUUUUAUUCAUGCGGUAAGAUAUAUUUUAUUGACAAGUACCUGGACCUUUAUUUCGUGUGUGUAUGCGUGUGUAGUAAUAUAUAAGAAAGAAAGAAAGAAAGAGAGAGAGAGAGAGAGAGAGAGAGACAAAAUGGAAGAAAGUAUUUAAAUAUCCAAUUGAAAUCGAUACUAUUUCAAUAAUAUUAUAAUUAUGAGAUUAUUUUAGAAUAUCUCAAUACACAUUAUAUUUUUCUUCUUUUCUUUUUCGAAAGGCCGACCACAUUUUAUUUAAUAGUGGCUGGCUUCAGAGAUAAUAACAUGAAAAAAUUAAAAUAAGGUGCUCUGUACAUAUAUUUUAUACUUUUUACGCAGAUUACCAUUUUUGUUUUAAAAUAUAAAAAGUUUUAUUUAAUUUUAAGUAUAAAACGUUAGAAAUUCUCUACAAAAUAUAAAACACGCGUUAAUCUUAUACAUCUUAUUAAACUAGAAAAAUCAAGAUAUGUGUAAUAGUUGUAAUCUUUUUCUAUGCAAAAAUGUUUAAACAAUUUAAUGAUUUUUAUAAUCUCGAAACCAAAAACAGUAAUGUAUUAUUUAUAAUAUACUGCUGUAUCUGUAUAAAUUAUAUAUGCAAUAUAAAGAACCUAAAUUCCACGCUUAUAACAAAUAUAUAGAAUAUUUACAUUAUGUUAGAUUAAUAGAUAAGCAGUCGACAAUGUAUGUAUUUAAGUAAGAUAGAAAAUUCAUUAGAAAUCUGUUUCAUUAGCUAAUUAUACCACGAUAUUAUAACAAAUUAAUUCAAGCGUUUAAAAUAAUUUUUUACAAUUAGAAAUAUUUGCCAAUUGAAUUUAAAUAGUAAUAGCGAGAUAUAAAAUAUUUAAGUAAAACUACAUUGCCUAUUUAGUAAACUUCAUAUAAUUAGAAAUAUCCAUUACAAUUUUGUUACAGAAGUUGGAAAAAGUUAUUGAUGAUGGAUGUAUGUACGCAAAUCGGUUGUAACGAUAAAUAAAUUACAUUGGCAAUUGUGAAAUUUUGUUUAUAAUUAUCAGAAUUUCACAUUAACACAGAAAUAUGAUAAACAAUAAUAAUUACUUUUAUUUAUGUAUACGUGCCAAAUUUCCUGGCACAAGGUUUAAAAUUUCCAAUAGGAAAAAAGUGAGUUAUGCGAGAGUCAUUAGUAUAAGAAAUCUUUUUUGUACGUAUGUAUUUGGCUUUCACACUAUAAAAUUGUAUUGUACUAGUCACCACAUAUAUGAGUGUAUGUAUGUAUUAUGUGCUUCACGCAUAAUAUAACAAAAUCUAUUGUAUUUUACACCAAUUAUAAAUGAUGACGUUUUGUUUGUGUA